AUGUCGCACCUGCAAGCAUCAGAGCUGUUCUCAGUCAAAGACCGAGUGGUGGUGAUCACCGGAGGAGGCAGCGGCCUGGGCCGCAUCAUCACCCGUUCACUCGCAGUAAACGGAGUAUCAAAGAUUUUCAUUCUCGGUCGACGCGAAGACGCUCUCCAUGAAACAGCCGCCCAAGCACCGGAGGGCAUCGUCAUUCCCGUCCAGUGCGACGUGACCUCCAAAGACUCCCUCGAAGCAGCAUAUCAAGCAAUUGCAGCCCAGACGACCCAUGUCGAUAUCCUGUUCGCAAACAGCGGUAUUAUGGGUCCGAUGAUGCGCUCGCCUCAGCCCAAGGCCGACGGAUCUCUUCCUUCCAUCACGGAGAUUCGAGACGAGCUGUAUAACAUCCCUAUGGCGGAUUUUACCAAUGUUAUGAAUGUUAACGUGACGGGUGCUUAUUAUACUGUUCUGGCAUUCUUGCCUCUUCUCGAGGCUGCGAAUAAGAGACGGGCAGCGCCGCAGCAGGGUGUGAUGUCGCCUCCGACGGCACAGGUGGUUAUCACUGGUUCCCUUGCGGGAUUCAAUCGGAAGCCGCCGUUCAGUUACGCAUAUAAUGUGUCGAAGGCUGGAGUGCAUCACCUUGUUAAGAUGCUUUCCACGACUUUCACGUCGUAUGAUAUUCGUUUCAAUGGGAUUUCGCCUGGCUUGUACUACUCAGAGAUGGCCGAGCAUGUCUUCGACACUGAGGGCAUUAAGGGGACUGGGAUCUCGGAUGGUUCGUUCCCGAGGGAGAUGAUUCCGUUGACGAGAGGUGGAGCGGAACAGGAUAUGGCCGGGUUGGUUGUUUGGAUGGCGAGUGCCUCUGGUGGUUAUUUGAAUGGUACUAUUAUUGUUACUGAUGGUGGUCGACUUGCCCAAGUACCUGCUACUUACUGA